AUGGAUUCCGACUCCCGCGCCAACUUUCCAAGUCUUCUCCAGGGCAAGAAGAUCCUCCUAGCUACAGAGUCCUGGGGUCCCGUCAAUGGGGUCAGUCGCACUACUCGCAGUCUCGUCGAGUAUCUCCGAGAUAAUGGCGUCGACCUCAUCCUCGUCGCGCCCGAUUUCAAAGGCGAUACCACCAAACAAUCUACUCAAGUCUCUGGUGAGCGCCGACUACCCGGUUGCGCCUUGCCUUACAACCCCGACUUGACUGUUGUAUAUCCAUUCCAUCUGCGCGAGGUCUACCGACAAGCCUUUGAACCAGAUCUGAUCUACCUUGCUAGUCCCGCUUCCCUGGGCUUCCAAAUGCUGCUGCAGAUCCGCCAAUUGCGCUCUCCACCUCCAGUCCUGCUCAACUUCCAGACCGACCUCUCUGCAUAUUCGGAGAUCAUGCUGCCUGCCCCUCUCGAUCGCUUCGGUGUCUGGCUACUGGCUGUUGUGCAGGGGUUUCUGUUCCGUACAAGCGCCGUGCGCACAAUCUUCUACCCAUGCUCUGCUAUCCGGGGCUACCUCGAAGGAGCUGGGGCUCCAGCCGAACGAAUGGUCAAGUUAGGUCGCGGAGUCGAUACGACCCUCUUCAGACCAGACCAGCGUGAUGAUGCCUUCCGCCAAGAAAUUGCACCAAACGGUGAAGUUAUUCUUCUCUGCGUCUGUCGCAUCGCCCCGGAGAAAGGCUUCGAGUUCCUCGCGCAGGUCGCGAUGCGCCUUUCCUCGGAAAAGGUUCCCUUCAAGCUGCUCAUCGUGGGUGGGAAUCGCAAUCCCGUGGUUGAGAGUCGAGUCCAGCGUCUCUUCGACCCUGUUCGUAGCCAUGUGGAAUUUACCGGAUUUCUUACUGGCGCUGCACUCGCCCGCGCCUACGCCUCGGCGGAUCUCUUCCUGCACUGCUCUGUUACCGAGACGUUUGGUCUGGUCGUCUUGGAGGCGAUGGCUAGCGGGAUUCCUGUUAUCGCGCGCGAUCAGGGCGGUCCCUCGGAUAUCAUACUUCAUGGGAAGACGGGGUAUCUUGUUCCGCCGAACGACCUUGAGCAAUUCACCUCGUUAACCCGUCAGUUCGCCGAUGAUACGACUUGGGAGAAGAUCAACCGUCGUGCAGCAUGGCAGAUGGCUGAUGCAUUGGUCCAGACUGACCAGGAAUCACACGGUUCGAGACCCCCGCGGCCGACAAUACUUGCUUCUGCUAUGGAGAGGUUCCGGCUGAUGUUUGCGGUGGCGAUUGUCUAUGGGAUGUGGUUGAUUGCGGUGGUGCCGCUGAUUGUCCAUGGCAAUCGCUUGCUCCCUCGGGCUUGGCUAGCUAUUCGACGACAGUUGGUCCCCAGGAUUUGA